GGUUCGGGACAGAUGGUGCUAUGUGGGGUGAUGACGGUAUUUGGGUGGAUGUAGGGUAGAAAAACGACGAUUGUUCGAAGCAAUAUCAUUUAGCUAGCUUAUCGUCCAGUUUUCUGCAGAAUAACAUGAUAGGGACGAGAACCUGUUGCUUUUGAUCCUUGAAAGUAGGCGAUGACUUAUUGGAGAGUGCCCGUAUGACCAGGUUCGGCCAUCGUGUGUGAACGGUAUUUUGGAGGUACCCAGCACAUCGGGACAUUGAGCAGUUGCCCUGCGGUGAUGGCGCGGCCAGGGGCACCAGGUGGCCUGGCUGACCUGGGCACCACAGGCUGGGGUGGUGACGAUGUGCCACCGUCUGUGGUGCCACCCACCGGUGACCUCCGGCAGCAGCAGCGCCAGCUCGUCAGGGAGCAGGACGAGGGUCUGGAGGUGCUGGCGUCGGUCAUCUCGCGCCAGCGGGACAUGGCCGGCGCUAUCGGUGCCGAGAUCGAGGAGCAAAGCGCGCUGAUCGAUAACAUCUCGGACAUGGCGGACCGGAGCGCCGGCCGCAUGGUGCAGCAGACGCAGCAGGUCCGCAUGGUCGACCGCAAGGCCUCCCGCACCUGCUGGUACUGGGUGGUGAUUUUUGCGCUCUUGGUGGCGAUCGUCGUCGUCUUUCUAGGUCGCUGCAAGUUCGAAGGCACCGUUCUGCGUCAGAACACAGAGGUCACCGACCCCGUCAGGUGUGACCCGAGGUCGGAUGACCUCUAUCCGGCGGUCGCGCAGCGUCUGACCGCACUGUCUCGCGCUAAGGAGAGCACGCUGAAAGUAGGCCGGAUCCGGUGA